AUGCCUCCACUAUCCCCAAUUUUCACUCCUGAAGCAGCCCAAGUCAUCUCUUCCAUUCGUAGAAGAGAACUCGAUAUUUCGAACGUCCAAAUUCCUCGCCUGAAGACAUGUUUAGGCCCUUUAUCGCUUCAACAUAAACUCUCCACCGAACUGCGUGAAGACAUCGACGUCUUUGCUCGUCAAAUCGAGACUCUAGAUGCUAUGGUAGAUGACCAGAAAGGAUCAAAAAGUCGUAGAGAGUUGAGGGUUCUCGCAGACGAGUUUAACCAAACACUCUCCAAGUUACGAAAGGACUAUCGUGCCGCUUUGCUAUUCUCAAAGCGCACAAUCGAUUCCUCAAACGUCUCGAAUAGAAACGAACUGCUAGCUUCAACUGUCGUUAAAGACAGUAGAGAUGUGAAUGAGAAAGUCACCGAAGAUGCAGUGAUGCAAGCGAACAAUGAUGUUACGGAAGCUCUGCAGCGCACUCUGAGCCUCAUGCAAGGUGAACUGGAACGUUCGGUGCUGACCACCCAGAUGCUAGACUCAUCGAUGUCUACUCUGCGCGCCACUUCAUCCACACACGAUGUCCUUUCCAAUGCAAUGGACGCAUCCAAGCAACUCAUAACAGCUUUGCAGAAGUCCGAUCGAAUGGACCGUCUCCUCAUUUUCUUUGGUCUUAUCUUGUUUUUCCUGAGUGUCAGUAUCGUCCUCAAAGAAAGAGUCCUCGAUCGCAGUGUGCGACUAGCCUUUUGGUGGACUCGGUUUUUACCUUCCGGAAAAUCGCCCGUUUUCAUAUCAAACGUCAGCAGCUCUGUUGUCUCUGGAGCAAGCACAUGUCUUCCAGAAACUACUAUAAUAGCUUAUACCUCUAGCGUACUAGCUACUGCCACUGCAGCUGCGACAUCUCUGACAUCGAUCUUACUACCCACCCCCGAGUCUGCAUCGGAUGGCGACUUUCUCUCGUCUGGUACCGUGGACUUCACCCAAGCGUUACCAAUAAUAUCGACCGAAUUACCAUCAGAACCCCCUUCCUCUUCGACCACUGAUGCUGAAAAAGUUUUUGCAUCUUCGAUUACGGUAAAUCCUCCUGAUGAGCUGUAG